CGGCCGAUGGCGCUGCUGCUGGAGGGUGCGAGCUGCGAGUGGCUGCACGAAGUGAGAGACCGGGCUGUAGGCGCCGGGAGCCGGGAGAGGGACGUGUGGCCGCGGAGAAAUGGCUGCCCCUGUGCUUCUGGUGAUCUGCAGUUUGAUUUUUUGGGUAUCGCUUUACCUCUCCUUCUGUCAGUUUAACAACCAACAGCACUAUGAGUGGAACUGCCGCCUGGUAACCCUUAUACAUGGAGUUUUCAUUGUUUGCUUCUCUGCAUACGUUGGGUUUAUUGAUGGGCCAUGGCCCUUCAGUCAUCCAGGCUCUCCAAACACUGAGCUUCAGACUCAAGUGCUGUGUCUGUCAUUGGGUUACUUUAUAUUUGAUAUGUGCUGGUGUAUUUAUUUCCAAACAGAGGGUCUGGUGAUGCUGUCUCACCACUGUCUCAGUAUCCUUGGCAUUGCCAUGGUGCUGGUUUUGGGACAUUCAGCUAUCGAAGUCAAUGCUGUCAUCUUUGGCAGUGAACUGACCAAUCCUUUCCUCCAGAUCCGCUGGUUUCUUCGAGAAUCUGGCCAUUACCACUCCUUGCUGGGAGAUGUUGUUGACUUGCUAUUUGUGUUGCUAUUUAGUUGUGUGCGAAUUGGGAUUGGGGGCAGGCUGCUGUAUUGUGAGUUAUCUUCCCCUGUGCCCCUCCCUAUUGUGAAGUUGGCAGGAGUCGCCAUGUAUGCAGUAUCCUGGAUGUUCAUGCUGAGCAUUGCCAAGUUUGCUUGGAGGAAGAUUAAUCACAAAUGCAAGGCAUGGAGAGAGUGGAGCAGGUGUCCUUUUCACUUAUACACCAAUGGACAUGCAAAUAAAGCUUGCUAGCAUAUAGCAACGUGAACAGUGCUGAGGGGCAAUCAAGCACAACCAGAGACAUGUCUUUCAUCAUUUCCUCAGUAUUCUUCUAUAAUGACUUCCUUUAAAUGUGAUUUUGAUCUCAAGAUUUUGAAUUGCCCCCAUUAAGGGAAAUCUGUGGGUCAGUUUAGCAUAUGUCAUGACCAUCUGCACCCAAUCACUCUGAGGUGAAAACCAAACCAAAACUGAUCAGUAUUCUCAAUGGUAUUUGAAUGUUACAAAUGGUCUCUCUGCAUCAUGUCUAACAUCAGACUUGUUCCCUGACAAUGCUACAUGUGGAACAAACAGUUUGGGUUGAGUUUUACCUGAUGAUCUUCUGUGGGUCUAUUUCCCUCUUUUGGAGUACCUGACUCACCAUAUGAUUCAGGUCCCUGGUGAUUUCAGAUAAGAGCCAUAGGCCACCUGCUAUCCUGGACAGUCACCAUUAAGGAAUAAGAGUUAUUGAACAGUGAUUAGGAGCAGGAACCCUGGUUGAUUUCCUUUCUGUCUGACCCAGGGGCAUGAUUCUUUGUUAAUUUUGCCCCUAUAUGCACUAGGGAUAGUGUUUUCCUGGGCCUUGUGCCAGUCCAGCUGAGUGCAGCUAACAACACACAGUUAAACGAUGGAACCUUGUGACCAGUGUGGCUCAGCCAAUAAGACAGUGAUUUUACUGAGACUUUGAAGACUCAUCUUUGAGCUCUCCUGGAUUAUCAUCGACAUUUAAGGCUGUUUCUCAAAUAUUCCAUAUUUCUCCUUGGCCCUAUCAGGAAUAAUUUGAGUCACUGAUCAUGCAGUAAAUGAAAGGUUUGUUAGAAGGAAGAGAUCCAUGUUCUGACAAGUAACAUAAAUCCAUUUGAUGGUUAGCUGGACAUAAAAGUUUUGGGAGGAUGUGGGAGCAGGCUGUGUAAAUGUGAUUGAAUUGCAUCUCCUGUGGAUUGUAAAGGCUGAAAUGGAUUGUAUGGGCCAAUGGCCUUCUCCCAUUGUUUCAGUUCAGUUUCAAGACUAGUCAACAACCAAGGAAGGAAUUUGCCUUUUGUGCCGGUGCUGCUGCUAGUUUAACUAUAUCACUAAUGCUGCUUCCCUGCUCUUUCCCCAUUCUCCUCAGUGUUUCUCUUCAGUUUAUUAUACAAUUCUGUCUGGAAUGUCGCAACGCAAAUCAUUUUGCAGCUGUGCUAACAUUUUCCGUAGUGAAUGACUAUUUGCAUGAUAAAUAAUUCCCUAAUCCCCUCAUACUCUUUCUGUUCUGACUUUACCAAAGCAAACCAUUUCUUCCAAUGUGUUCUACACAUUCUGUUUGGACUCUGGGCUUCUUCUGGAACAAGGAGUGAAGAAUCAUACUUGAGAAGCUGGCUUCAAACAAUGUUGGAAUUGGGCUGGUGUUUGGAAGUCAAGAAUUACCCCAGCUUGAAGACCCCAUUGGAUGUCAACCUCGUUGUAAAAUGCUCAAAUUUAAGUUAGUUGUAUUGACUCUUAACUAGCUGAUUUGCCUAGUUGACGAAGUAAUGUCAUUGUAAUGUGAAAGUAAUGCGAACCCAGUCAUCACUUCAGUGGCUUUGUUGAACCUCUUGUACCACUUACAUUUUAAAUGAAGCCUCCUGUCUCCUGCAGCAGACGGUCAGCCUUGCUGGAACUGUUACAGGAGGAAGCCAUUUAGCACCUUGAGCCAGCCACAUAUGAACGGGAUGCCUUCCAAUCUAUUCCCUGGUUUACUUAUCUUUCUUUGAUCAAGAUCCCAAAACGGAUGCACAAAACUAUGAAAACUAUGACUAAUUCACAUUUUGGGCCAGUUUGUUCAUUAUGUCUUUAUAGCCUGUGCCCUAACUGUAAUCUGCAGGUCUGCCACACUCUGCUGUUUCCUAGCUGUGGUGUAAUCAGAAAUAUGUGGUAUUAUUCAGUUUAAGCCCGAAGACAAGAGAGAGUCUCAGGUUGACCCUCAGGUAUAGCAGUAGUCUGGCCAAGUAAAGAGUAUCGAUUUACUUCCCUUUUCCUUCCAGUCACUCAGCCAUUUUCCUUUCUGUCAGGCAACUUUACCUUUUACGUAAGAACGUAAGCAAUACGAACAGAGGAACCUAUUCAUCCAUUUGAGCCCACUCUGCCAGUCAUGGAAACAUAGAAGAUAGGAGUAGGCCAUAUGACUGUGCAAGCCUGUUCUGCAUUCAGUAUGAUCAUGGCUGAUCAUCAAGCUCAGUACCCAAAUACUAUUUUUCCCGAUAUUCCUUGAUUCUUAUAGAUAGAAGAGAUAUACCUACCUCCUUGAAAACUCAAUGCUUUGGCCACACCCACUUUCUGUGGCAGGGAAUUCCACAGGAUCACCAUAAUGUUUACCCCUUAAUCUUAAAGUAUGAUCCCUCGUUCUGGACUCUACCACCAUUGGGAACAUCCUCCGUGCCUCUAACCUGUCUAGUCCUGCUUAAAUUUGUAGGUUUCUUUGAGAUCCCCCUCAUUCUUCUAACUUCAAUGAAUACUAUCCUAACUGACGAAAUCUCUCCUCAUACAUCAGUCCUGCCAACCCAGGAAUGAAUUUGGUAAACCUUUGCUGCACUGUCUUAGUAGCAAGAAGAUUGUUCCUCAGAUAGAGAUCGAAACAAUGUAACAUUCCAGGUGUAACCAGCACCCACCACCCGCCAGGCCCUGAUUAAUUGCAAAUAGACAUCCAUGGUCCUGUAUUUGAAUCCUAUCAGUAUGAAGGCCAACAUACAGUUUGCCAUCUUUACUGUCUGCCGCACUUGCAUGCUUUAAGCAAUUCUUGACACCCAGGUCUCUUUGAACAUUUAUCUCUAUUUUCCUUCCUAUUUUUGGUAUAAAUGUACUACAAAACCUCACAGUUAUUCACAUUAAACCACAUCUUUUGUGUCUUUGCCCACUUACUCAGCCUGUCUGCAUCCCAGUGCAACUUCUUUACACCCCCCUCAUAGCUCACUCUUCCACCCAACUUGGUGUCAUCUGAAAAUUUUGAGACAUUACAUUGAGCUCCCUUAUCUAAAUUUUUAAAACACAUGUCAUGAAUAGCUGGGUUCUGGUAAAGAUCAUUGGGUACCCGCUGCCAUUCAGAAAAAGAUUCAUUUAUUCCUACAGUUUGUUUCCUGUCUGCAAACCAAUUUUCUAUCUCAGUGCAUCUAAACACAUUACCCCCAGUUCCAUGCCCUUUAAUUUUGCAUAUUAAUCUUCUGUGUGACUUGUUGAAAGUGUCUGAAAGUCCAAAUAAACCACAUCUGGCUCCCCAAAUCAACUCUAAGUGUUCUAUCCUCGAAGAAUUCUAGUAAAGUUGUCAGCUAUGAUUUCGUAAGUCCAUGCUGACUGUAUCUGAUUCUAUCACUGCUUUCUAAGUGCUCUGCUAUAAAAUCCUUGAUAACAGACUCUAGCAUCAUCCUCACUACUGACAUUACACUCACUGGUCUAUAAUUCCCCUUUUAAAUAAUAGGGUUACAUCAGCUACUCUCUAAUCUGUAGGAACUGUUCUAGUGUCUAAAGAACCAAUGCAUCCACUAUGUCUACAGCUACUUGUUUAAGUACUCUGGGAUGUAGAAUAUCAGGCCCUACAGAUUUAUCAGCCUUCAAUCCCAUCAAUUUCUCCAACAUCAUUUAUCUAGUAAUAGAGAUUUGUUUCAGUUCCUCUCACUAAAUCCUGUAUUCCCCAUCAUUUCUGAUCAAUUAGAUCAUGGCUGGUCUUCUACUUUGACACUGUUUUCCUGUAGCUUUUGAGUACCUUAAUAUAAUUCAAAAGAAA